CGAGAGUUCAUGCUCGAUAAACGUCCAAUCAGAAUCCACAUGCUAAGAACUGACGUCGUUAGUACACGUUCGAGCGGGAACUCGAAUUAUAUACCAAAGACAAAAUAGAAUUUAACCGGGAUUGAUACAACUUUGGCCUUAAAAUAUUCUGCCUCCAAUUGUGCACCACAAUCGGAAACAUUGCGUUAAGAUAUGGCGAUGAGAUGUGAGGGUGCAGUUGAAAAUGAAUUUGAAGAGGAAGAAAACUGUGGGCCACAGCCUCUUAGCAGACUAGAGCAAUUUGGAAUAGGUGCCAGUGACAUCAAGAAACUAGAGGAAGCAGGUUUCCACACUAUUGAGGCUGUGGCCUAUGCUCCAAAGAAGGAGCUGCUUAACAUAAAAGGAAUUAGUGAAGCCAAAGCUGAUAAAAUCAGAACUGAAUCAGCAAAGCUGGUACCUAUGGGCUUCACUACAGCCACAGAGUUCCACCAGAGAAGAGCAGAAAUCAUCCAAAUCUCUACAGGGUCGAAGGAAUUGGACAAGCUCCUACAAGGUGGUAUCGAGACUGGUUCCAUUACAGAGAUGUUUGGGGAGUUUCGGACAGGGAAGACCCAACUGUGCCAUACACUCGCUGUCACAUGUCAGUUGCCUAUGGAUCAAGGAGGUGGAGAAGGUAAAGCCAUGUACAUUGACACAGAAGGGACCUUCAGACCAGAGAGACUCCUGGCUACAGCCGAAAGGUAUGGGCUGGUGGGCAGUGAUGUUCUGGACAACGUGGCCUACGCUCGAGCUUUCAACACGGAUCAUCAGACGCAGCUACUGUAUCAGGCAUCUGCCAUGAUGGCUGAGUCCAGAUAUGCUCUACUAAUAGUCGACAGUGCCACAGCUCUAUAUAGAACGGACUACUCAGGCCGAGGUGAGCUGUCAGCCAGACAAGGACACUUGGGACGCUUUCUUCGUAUGCUGCUCAGGCUGGCUGACGAGUUUGGUGUCGCAGUGGUAAUAACCAACCAAGUGGUUGCACAGGUAGAUGGUGCUGCCAUGUUCUCUGCUGAUCCAAAGAAGCCAAUCGGGGGCAACAUUCUGGCUCAUGCAUCCACUACACGAUUGUAUCUGAGAAAAGGCAGAGGAGAAACAAGAAUAUGUAAAAUCUACGAUUCACCUUGCCUACCUGAGGCGGAAGCCAUGUUUGCCAUUAAUGCUGAUGGAGUUGGGGAUGCUAAAGACUGAAGAUGUUGUGCAUCAAACAUGAUAAAAGUGUCUAAACAAACUCCUAAAAAAACAUCUGUGAUGUGGUAAGAACUAUUUCUGCCAGGAAAACUAAAAUCUGUUAAGGUCAGACUGAGUCAACGUGGAGGUUGAAGCUGCUGCGUGUGUGUGCUCGCGCGUGUGUCUGUGUAUACAUGUGUGCAUGAAUAAUUUAAGUUGCAGUAUAUGACAAAAUAAACAAUAUGAAAAUAGCUAAGUAGCUGAUGUGUGAUUGCAUUCUGAUAAAUGAUGCUCUCACUGAGUAAAUAUUUUUGUUUCCAAGAUACUAAGACCUAAUCUCGAUAUGUCCGUUUGUGUAUGAGUGCUUCAUACAUUUACUCCUAUACUCGAAUUAUUUCAGAUGUUUACAAAAUGGCAGAAAGACACACACUGUUUCUUUAUCAUAGGAUGACGCGUUAAAGCCAUGCUCCGCCGAGGUCCCUGCGGGGUGAACGACGCAUCUUCAUUGAGACAAGCGUCAGAUAGUAAACAAAUGUACUGAAAUAUUAUAAAAUAUUAGUUAAGCAAAGGUUUAUUGACUUUUUUUUUUUCAAUUGUGUUUUUUUUAACAUUUUUGUGGUUUACAUGUCCAUCAAUCUGCUUUACAAAAUAAACAUUGAUUUAUUGACUUUCUCA